AUGGCAGCGGAGCAGAGGAAGCUGCUGGAGCAGCUCAUGGGAGCCGACCAGCUCAUGGGCGGGGCAGCAUCUCGCAAUGCACAGCUCACCAUUAGUGAUCCAAAGGUCUGUCGAUCAUACCUCGUCGGCACGUGUCCCCAUGAUCAGUUCACCAACACAAAACAAGAUCUGGGCCCUUGUCCGAAAGUCCACAGCGAAGGUCUGAAAGCGGAGUACGAAGCUGCUUCUGCAAGCGAGAAGGCGAAAUGGGGCUUUGACUACGAUUACAUGCGCGACAUGCAAAAGUAUAUCGAUGAAUGCGAUAGGCGUAUCGAUUCCGCCCAGCGUCGGCUUGAGAAAACGCCCGAUGAGAUCAAGCAGACAAACAAUUUGUUGAAACAAAUAUCGGAGCUUACCAAAACGAUUAACUCCGGCCUUCUCGAAGUGUCUGUGAUGGGCGAGAUGGGUUCCGUAUCACUGGCAAUGAACGAACUCUUCAAGAUCCGCACCGCCAAGCAUCAAAAGGAAACCCACGAACGCGAACUCAAAAAUCUAUCAGACACAUCAGGCCCGUCUGGCCACCAGAAGCUGCAAGUCUGCGAUGUUUGCGGUGCAUACCUGAGUCGACUAGACAACGAUCGCCGGUUGGCCGAUCAUUUCUAUGGAAAGAUGCAUAUGGGCUACUCGGACAUGCGCAAGACCUUUAAAAGGCUCAGGGAGGAGCUGAAAGGCCGUCCACCACCAGCAAGACAUGAUGAUGGCUAUGGCGAUGACGGUAGCUGGGGAGGACGUGGAGGAGGCGGCGGUGGCAGAGGAUACGGAAGAUCUGGCGGUGGAGGUGGAGGGUACAGAAAGAAAGGGGGUGGUAGAUGGUAA